CUUAACUUGAGGAAAAUGAAAUGAUUUUUUUUUAAAACAGUGAACUCUUGAAACGGUGGAGGCCAAAUAAAGGAAACAUAGCACACAGUUGAUUGUACCAUGAAAAGCAAAAGAGAGGCAACAAAACCCAUCACCGCCUCAACAGAGAAGAAAGAAGAAGACAUGGACGAAACAGAGAUGAACAAGAACAAGAGCAAGAAGAACAAGAUCAAGAAGCAAAAACACCAACACCCAAGUUACCAAUCCACAAAAUCAGCUUCUGAUUUCAAUUUCAAGCCAAACUCUGAUGUAAAGGGCCUCAGAUUCGGCGGUCAGUUCAUCGUUAAAUCCUUCACAAUCCGGCGAGCUAGGCCUUUAGAGCUCCUCCGCCUCCUGUCUUUUCCGGCCACCACCAGAAACUCCGGCAACAAACCGCCGUUCCCAUCGGCCACAGCUUUCAUUCCCACAAACUUCACAAUCCUCGCUCACCAUGCCUGGCACACCCUCACUCUAGGCCUUGGCACCAAAAAGUCCAAAGUUGUUCUCUUUGUGUUUGAAAAUGAGGCCAUGAAAGCAGCUAUAGACCGUGUUUGGCCAACAGAAAUCCCUCUUGGCGAAGUGAACAAGAAGAUGAUCAGAGGGCUAUGUGGGUGCGAGAUGGCUCGGUUCAAAUUUAGAAAAGGGUGCAUAACUUUUUAUGUUUAUGCAGUUCGAAGA